CUCUCAGUGUUGACUGACGUUUCUGGCUGCGCUGCCAUGGACUCCAAAUACCCCCUCACCCCCCCCCCGCUUCCUACCACAAAUUGCAACAAGCGUGAACCUAAACAGUCGCUUCUGGACGCCAACGGAGAGGCACCAACGAAGCGCAUUUUUAGCUCCGGGCAUCAGAAACAAGUGAAGAAGGGAAAUAAGCAACUUUCGAGGAUCAGAGUUUCCUCACAGCAAGGCUGGUAGGAUUCUGCUUAGGUUUUGUCAACUACUGUCUAUAACAUGCCUAACAUGGAGCUGGUCAUCAGAAACUCUAGUUCACACAACCAGUCAGAGGUUUUCACAUCAGUCUUUAAUGCCAGCUGCCGUUUUAAUGAGGAGUUUAAAUAUAUCCUGCUUCCUGUGUCCUACGGCCUGGUUUUUGUUGUUGGGUUCGUUCUCAACGCCAUGGCAUUGUGGAUGUUCAUAAAGAUGCGGCCGUGGAACCCGAGUACCGUGUACAUGUUCCACCUUGCCCUGUCUGACUUUUUGUAUGUGCUCUCGCUGCCCACUCUCAUCUACUACUACGCCAACCGAAGUGACUGGCCCUUCGGCCUGGCUGCCUGCAAAGUAGUCCGCUUCCUCUUCUACGCCAAUCUCUACUGCAGCAUCCUCUUCCUCACCUGCAUCAGUGUGCAUCGGUAUCUUGGCAUCUGCCACCCAAUCAAAGUGCUAACUAAGGUAAAGUCCCGUCACGCUCACCUGGUGUGUGGCUCGGUGUGGUGUGUUGUGACGGUGUGCCUGGUGCCCAACCUCAUAUUCGUCACCACCUCAAGGAGAGACAAUGACACGCUGUGCCAUGACACAACCAAUCAGGAAGCCUUUGAACAGUACGUUGACUAUAGUUCUGUAGUCAUGGUGCUGCUGUUUGGCGUCCCCUUCAUAGUCAUUUUGGUGUGUUACUGUCUAAUGGCGCGGACCCUGUGUCAGCCCAGACGAGGAUUAUCUUCCAGCAAGCAGACCUCCAGGUCGCGGCAGAAGUCCAUCAAGCUCAUCAUUGUGGUAUUGGUGGUGUUCGCAGUCAGCUUUGUCCCAUUUCACAUCACACGGACACUCUACUACACAUCCCGUGUGCUGGAUCUCAACUGUAAGUUCCUCAACAUCGUGAACUUCACCUACAAAAUCACCAGGCCGCUGGCAAGCAUCAACAGCUGCAUCGAUCCGAUCCUGUACUUCCUGGCCGGAGAUCACUACCGCUCCAAACUGAUUUUCAUUCUUAAAGGAGGAAGACACCUGAAAUACAAUCAAAGUUUACCGAACAGCAGUUUGGGUCUGGUGUGUAAGGGCUCGGCUCCUAAAGCCAGUGAAGAGGCUGAGAGAUAGUGAAGAAUACAAAGUAAUAACCAUGCGUAAUGUGUUUCUACUUGUAGUGAAACCUUUCUCCUGAAAGAUUGUACAAUAACUAUUUUGUCAUAUAUUUUUUUUUCUAUAUGUUUUUAUCUACUGAUUUAUGUGAAAGUAUUUUUUAACAUGUUCAAAGACUUUUUCAGUUCUUACUGUAGUGAUACAUCUACACAAAAUGAAGUUCAAGGGUUAUCUUUUUAUCAAAGACAUGGUUCCUUUUUUCUGUGUACGAUUUGCCACCACAGCAGUAUUUAGAUAUAGAGACACAGCUGAGGAACACUUUGGUUACACAACAAAUAGAUUCCUGACUUUACUAAGACUGGUACUUGAGACUUGAAACUUGGCUUGAACUCAAGAUCUGGUGUUCAAAUCCUGCUCACAUCUUUCUUCCGGUUGGCGAAAUCAGUGAUGAAACUCUGAAAGUGUAGUUCAUUUGUGUAAGUAAAUAACAUUGUUCCUUUAAGUGUUGUACUGUAUACACAUGCCUGGUUGUCAUGGUAAUGCUAUGCACAAUACUUGUCAGCAAAACGAGUUAACGGCAGCUUACAAAUUCAUCUGUUUUUGUUUAGUCAGCGAAAGAAACCGUCAGUGCUCGAUGUAGUGCACGAAAUGCAAUUAGGCUCAUAAUUAUUCAUACCCACCUUAGUUUUAGUUUUAGAGCAAUAUUGGUUAGAGUGGGCCAGCCAAAGUCAGCCAAAGAUUUGGGCUGGUGCUUAUCUCUAGCAGUCGUUGCAUUGGGCGAGAGGCGGGGGGUUAUCACCAGAGACAAACAAUCAAACUACCAGAAGAAACAUGCAAAAAAGCUAAACUGAAUAGCAAGAAAGGUUUGAUUGCAGUAACCCCAAUAGAUUGUUAUUUUCUUUUAAGGAAGUGUGUAAAUUAUUUUUGACUUUGCAUUUUUUAUUGAAAUGUAAAUAAAAGUAGAUACUUUUCUUUUUCAAAAUUGGCACUCUUUUACAUUGUCCUGUUGAGUAAUGUCUGUCUAAUUCCAUAUCAGAAUCAAACUUUAAAUAAAUAAUCAAAAAUUAUUUUAAAAUCCAAAUAAUUUUGAGCUCAACUGUAUUAAAGGAGUGAACAAUUGGAGCACAGAUUAUAACCAGUAAGUCAUGGCAAAAACAUAAAUAUAAAUAUCUGUGUUAUAUUUAUUCUGGAAUUUGACAAUAGAUAGGGUUUACCCAUUUCUGUUAGUCUUUGAAUGUAAAGCUAAAUAACUAGAGGCUUAUGAAAUUGUAAUUCAGUAAUUUAAUUUAGAUGUACUGGAGAAGAGAUACAUCUAAUAAUUGAAGGAUAGUGGCUCUUCAGGAUGGAAAACUCAUUUAUCAAACUAAAAGCACCAGGACUAAAAUUAUUGGUGAACAUAUUUGAAGGAGACGAAACAAUCAUGUCCAUUCAGAAAAGAGGAUAAAAAAUAUACAAUGAAAUAUAAUCUUUUCAUUGUAUAGAAGAGAGAUUAAUAAGCAUUCAGUAUUACCUCUCGCUGUUGAAUCAAAGGUUUAUGCUUAAAUAUAUAUUUUUAAUUAAUGGAUUUUUAUGUUGUUAUGAGAAGUGAUGCUAGAAACGCAAUCCACACAUCAUCGUCGACUACAUGUACAGUAAGAUGCAAUAAACUAAAACUGAAAUUACUAACAUGAACUUAGAUGCUAUCUAAAAACAUGUAAAUAUUUUUUUACAUAUUGAAUUGAAUUCUUUGUUGUUAAAUGUUUAUGUCUAAAAGUUUUGGGAAUAAUAAAUGUUUAAUGUAA